AUGGCCAGCAAUAACCCCGUUUAUUAUCCUUCAAAUAAUGUUGAACAAACCAAAACAGUUAAACGUGCCAGGAGCAAUGACGAUUUCUCCUGCCCAGCAUUGGAAAUUUCAUUAGUUGAUCCGAUGUGGGAAGCGAUAGAUCCUACACCUGAUAUCCGUCAACUCUUCAUAGAUUUUGAUACGCAAUUUUUCGGAGGCAAACUUAAGUCAGUAGAGAUCCGAUGGAGUAAACGAAUGACUCUUUGUGCAGGUGUGUGCAGUUAUGAAGGCAUCGGAGGACUUUGCUCAAUUCGUUUAAGUGAACCACUUCUGAAAUUACGACCGCGAAGAGAUCUUGUAGAAACCCUUUUACACGAAAUGAUUCAUGCAUACUUAUUCGUGACGAGAAAUUUUCGUGAUCGCUCUGAUCAUGGUCCUAAAUUUCAAUACCACAUGAAGCGUAUCAACAGUUGUGCUGGAACCAAUAUAACAAUAUUCCACAGUUUUCACGAUGAAGUUGACAACUAUAGGCAACACUGGUGGCAAUGUAAUGGUGUAUGUGCGAAAAGACCACCAUUCUACGGACUUCUCAAACGGUCCACUAAUCGACCGCCUGGUCCUAACGAUCUUUGGUGGAGUGACCAUCAAGCAUCCUGUAACGGACAAUUUAUCAAAGUCAAUGAGCCUGCUGAUUACAAAAAUAAACAAAAGAAGUCUAAAGUGAAAAAUAAUUUUAUCGACCCAACUUUCCGAAAAUCUACCUCAUCCCUCGAUAUCCGAAAAUUUGUAACGACUUCCUCUCCUUUAUCAUCUGCAGGAAAGGUGACUAAUCUCUCGCAGCCGUGUUCCUCCAAAGUUUACUCUCUUGAAACUCAAAUUGCAUCUUCUUCCUUAUCGUUAUCCGACUGUCCCGUUUGUGGAGAGAGCUUUCCUUUGGAGUGUAUGAACGAUCACCUUGACAAUGUGCAUUUCAUCUAA